UGUACUACAUUCGGGUCUCUAAUCUCAAAAGAGUUUUCACAUGCGGAAUAGUGGUUAAAAUCAAAAGAACACAUUUGACAAUGUCAGAGGGGGUGAGCGGGGAAGAAACCAAAGGGGCAGCAUCGCCAAUCAAACCAAACCACGCUGAAUUAGUCAAAGAUGGCAAAAAUAGCCUAACUUUGCAAUGCGAACGCUGCGGAUGCGUCGUUCUUAGGCCAGGAAGUGCCAAGUUUGUACAAAAAGAGCUAUUCCUUCCACACAUGAAGAAAAAAGCCGAGGGCACAGAUCCCAAUGGAGAGACACUAUCGGACUGCUGGCUGGUGGAUGACAUGUACACAUUUGAUAAUGUGGGCUUCACCAAAAAUGUUGGCACCAGCAAAUACCUGAUCUGCGCAGACUGUGAAAUCGGCCCUAUUGGCUGGCACGAUGUGAAUAUAAAGAAUGAAUUUUAUGUUGCUCUUGACAGGGUAAAACAUGUUUGAUAACUGUGUAUGGUAGGCACAUGGAAAUUUGACAUUAUGCUUAAAAUGAUUGGACCAAUGUAUUCAGCUAAUUUUAUGCCAAGAAAUUGACUGAAUUCCAGAAGUGAAAAACUAUAGUAUAAUUUAUGUGCAAUUUCAACUUUAUUUAAAUAUGAUUUACAUUUACAGAAAAUUGAGUUCUCAAUGACAGUGAGCAUGAAAAUAUACUUGAUUUUUUUUUUCAUUAUUUAUCAGAAAUUUUUAAUACAGAUUUUUCUGCCUCAAGCAGCAUCCAGUCUUAAGGCCACAAGUCUUUCUUCACUACUUUUUUCUUACAAUCAUAAGUAAUGUCUGAUGGAAGAUGUAGUGUUUACAUGUAGUGUUAUUACUGUUGUGCGCAUGCACGAGGAGUUGCAAAAUAUACCAAGUGAGGUGUCAACAGGCAUUGUUGUCCGUCUUCGUGUGUUGCUGGUCAUAAACCAGAAAGUACAGUUGACGUAAUAGUCCAUUUUGUGUAAUAACCAGUAUUCCAUAAAGACUACAGAAGUAUUUUGCUUUAAAUGUCCAUGCAUCAGUGCAGUCCUGUCUUUUACAUAGCUGUCUAAAUGAGGCAACUUAAAAGAACAGCAAAGUUCCAGUUUGGUAUGUUAAUGGUGAUGAUGCCUUUGCAAUGUAUGUCCACUGCAAGUGAGAUGACAACACUGACCUCAUUGCUAUGCUAUAGAUAUAUAUGAAAGAUAUUGCUUACUUCAAAAUGAAAGAUGUUAUGAAACCAGAUCUUGCUCAAAUCAGUGAAGAUUUAUUGAAAGUAUAAAACUUUGAUUGGCAUAAAUUAAAGUACUUUCAUCAGUGUACACUUUUCUGGCAAGCAGUAGGUGUAU